UGCAGGCAGCAGCAGUAUCCUACAAGUCCUGAACGCAUCCUUCCAGACAUGGGUUGCUAUGAGUGCUGUAUGCGCUGUUUGGGUGGGGUGCCAUACUGCUCCCUGGUCGCCACACUGCUGUGUUUCUCUGGCAUUGCCCUGUUCUGCGGUUGUGGACACCAGGCACUCACAGAGACGGAGAGACUCAUCGAAACUUACUUUGCUCGUAACCUCCAGGACUACAUCACCCUCGCCUACAUCAUUCAGUAUUUCCAGUAUGUCAUCUAUGGUUUGGCCUCCUUUUUCUUCCUCUACUGCAUCGUGCUGUUGGCUGAGGGCUUCUACACCACAAGUGCUGCCAAGCAAACCUUUGGAGAGUUCAGGAGCACCAUGUGUGGCCGCUGCCUCAGCUCCACGUUUAUUGUGGUGACUUAUGUACUAGCUAUGCUGUGGCUGUUGGUGUUCGCCUUGUCCGCACUGCCCGUCUACUUCUUCUACAAUAUGGAAGCCACCUGCCACACCAUUGACAUUCUGACUGAAACGCCAGCGAGCAUAAACCAGCUGUGUGUUGAUGCAAGGCAAUACGGGCUCCUGCCAUGGAAUGCAGUGCCAGGAAAAGCUUGUGGUAUGACUUUGUCCACUGUUUGCAAAACCAGAGAGUACCGAGUGACCUUUGACCUCUACAUUGCUGCCUUCGCCGGAGCGGGCAUCACUCUCUUGGCUCUGCUGACCUAUACUGUGUCAACCACCUAUAACUUUGCAGUGCUGCGCUAUCUGGGGAGAAAGGGCAUAGGUGCACGGUGUUAAGUCCACCAGCUUCCUGUCCGCUCUGUCACUCUUUCACCAACAACAUGGGGAUAUAAAGGGACGGCAACAAUUCUCUACUUCCACAUCAUCUGCACAGAACCACUUGUAAUGUUGGU